UACAAAUCUAUGCAUUCAUAUGAUGUGUGACUUGUUUUUAUUGAUUUGUUUAUUGAAAAAUAUUUUAUUUUCUUUAUAUAUAACAAAAAAUUCAUUAACAAACUGAUUGUAUGCUAGAAAUUAAGGCCAAGACAUGUGUUUUAAUAAAGUUAUAGACGAGUUAUGUUUAAUGAAUAAAUGUUGAGUUCCCAGUGUUUUGAAGAGAUCCCUAAUAUUUCUUCACUUUUACUUUUAGCAAACAAUUGAUUGUUAAAAAUCUGAUUCUUAAUCACACCAUAAGUUUUGUGCAAAUAUUUACCAGAAUUUGUUUGUCAUUUGUGGCAUAACUUUAUGGGAGUUUACCGUUACGUCUAAUCCACAAGUUUUUGAAUCGUAUUCAACAAAAUUUUUUGUAAUUUUUAUUUUUCUUAUAUUCCGUGUGAGAGUAUUGGUACCAAACAUUAUAUUCAGUCAUUGCAUUCGCUUUAACUCUCUUUCUCUCUGCUACUGAUUUUAGGCGUCUUUUUAUAACUAUAAUCACGAGUUUGUGAUCUGUUUUGCGUUGAAAUAAAUUUUGUUGUUUAUUAUGUCAAUGAAGUUCACAUUAAAUUUUUGUAUUUAUCUUUUUUGUCUCAUUCUUCUGAUUACUGAAUGACUUGUAUUUGAAUUCUUGGCUGAAAAGCAUUGGAAAUAUUAUAAUUUUGCGUUCAAUUCUCUGUACAGAUGGACACCCGUUCACCCGAAAGUGUUAAGCGCUCCCGAAAUCAAUUACUAUAUCAAUGAAUUAUGUGUUAUGUCGAGAGCUAUCAUCUUAUGGUUAAUCAAAUUAAGACGUGAAAAGCGUUUCAAGUUUUUCUUAUUAACCACUUCUAUAUUAUUCAUGACUGCUAUCAUCGGACGACUCGUUCCCGGAGUGCUUAUUGUCUACUCUAUUACGAUGAUAAUGGCUUUGGGGCCGGGAUUUGCGAUAUAUGUAUUGCCCGAUGGGUUGUACGAAGUGUUGAGAGAUUUUUUUAUUCCUAAUCCCAAAAGUGAUGAGACGGACGAGAAAGACAGCGAACGCCAGACGGCCGACGAUAUAUCGGAAAAGGAGAGACUCUCUGAGAUCGCUCUUCACGAGUACCUAAAGAGCACUGAAUAUGAACUCAAUUCAGCGUAUGAUAAGAGUGAGGACUCGUCU